AUGCCGCAUAUAAGCAUGACGGAUUUCGCAAAAGGUACAGAUGCCGUGAAGGAUUCACAGGAAAACAGUGCCGUCGCGAAAAGAAGGCAUUCUUCAGCUCACUUGGCAUUGAUCAAUUUCCUCAAAGGCAUGAUUGGGCCUGGCUGCUUUUCACUACCGUUGGCGUUUCGCCAGGCUGGACUAUGGACGGGUUUCGCGCUGGUCUUUUUCAUUGGUCUACUCACAUGCAUUUGUAUGGCAAAAAUCGUACGAUGCAGUCAGUUCUUGACGUCACGGUAUGUACUCUAUUAA